GUGAAGACCCCCCUUUCGAUGGCCGGGGAAGAUUGAAUGGCCUGCUGUUCGCAGACGUCCCGGCGAUGAACUCGCUUGAGUCGAUCCUCAUGUUCUGCGAGAGGCCAGCAGUUCAGGGCCAGCUGCAUCGACUUGAGCGGCGAUUGGGCAAG